AAACAAACUAAGAUUUAAAGGGCGAGAAAUGAAACACUUGUAUAUAAAUUCAAUACGCAGGGAUGACUUUAAAGGGCCGAUUCAUGGUAAAAUUGUAAACUUGUCGCCAAACAUUCAACGGUACCGUAACUGUAGAUGCACAGUUCAAAGCAGGAAACGAGGGCGCUCUAUUUCCGCUGCAGCAACGAGAACCAGUAUGUCAUAAAAGAAAGGAAAAUGUGGACUGGAAGGACAAACUAAGGCCAGGAGAAGCAACGAGCGCCCAGCUUUUAAAGACGCUCUCCUACGUCGGUUGCCAAGCAGCUGCUGGAGGGUGUUGUUUCCAGACAAAUACGCCACGGCUGAAAGGGUCUAGUCGAGGUCGUUGUUGACUUGUUGGAAAAGAAUCCGAUAGCUCGGUUAGCCAAGUUCCAUAAACCGCCCGCCCGCUAGCGAUGGGCACGAGAGCGAGCCGUCUCCAGGAAGACCCGGUGCCGUCCACUCUCGGGAAGGACGGCACCGCCAAGCGGGAUUCAUACCGGCGGCCUCGCUGUGCCAGACCCACCAGCCUAAUGGUGGAUUUCUCGGGCAGCUUCGAGGACACCGAAGUCAAUCGGAGCCGCUCGGAGGAGGGCAGCGACUCCGACCUGGGCCAGCAUGGCGCGAGCGCCGACGGCAGUCCGGCCGACCACCACGGCAUCCCGGCUACCAUGAGUCAGGCGUCCCCGGUGGACGACAACCACAGCGAGGGCAAGGCGGAGGAGGACUGCAACACAAGCCCCGAGUCUUCCGCCAACGCGGACCACCAGCCCGGGGACGAAACAGGCCGCACGCCCCAUCGUACUUUUUCGGAGCGGCUGCCCGGAAAUCGACACGCCGGAGGGCGCAGCGUCAGUGCCAGGUCGGCCCGGGUUCGGGGUACCCACCAGCGGCCGGUGUCCGAGGCUUGGAUCGGCCUGUACCGUGUCAACAAUCGCCACGGCAAUAUCCGCUGUCCUUUCUGCUCCAAGCCAUUCCCGGGCGGUCGCAUCGAAGAUCACCUGUUGAGCUGCCUCACGUCUCCGCCGCUUCCCUACAACACGGAUGUGCUGAGCAAAGAUAGCGGCGAGUGUUCCAUCUGUCUGGAGGAUCUGGUGCAGGGCGAGACUAUUGCCAGGCUGGCGUGCCUCUGCGUCUACCACAAGAGCUGCAUCGACGCGUGGGCCAAGGUGAAGCCCUGCUGCCCUGAGCAUCCUUCAGACUGAUUCCCAGAUCACGUGACCUCCCCCCACCCCCGCAAUGACUCAGGAGACCACACGCCAACACUCUCUCUCCUUAUGAAAAAUGAAAUAUGUCCGCCAACCCAUAAAGAAGCUCCAGGCGGCGUGGACCUCCUCCUAUAGGUCCAGACCAUUUCACAACAAAAUGUAAACUUUAAAAUGAAACAAAAGACCAUGGCUGCUUUUGGAUUUGACCCCUCGCUUUGCCGGGUUGGUGUCCGACGAUGUAUUCUCUCCACAUGAUGAGGAGUUAAGGUUGCAUCCUGUGUUUUUUUUUGUUUUUUUUUGAGUAAAAGUGUUACGGCUUUGAGGGCCGGGGGACGGGUUUUGUUGCUGCCCAGGGUUUAAGUGUUAACAUUUCGGGGGCAUGGUUGGUUAAUGCUCCCUUUAGCGCUGGUGGUUGCACCCAUUUGAGCACUUUUUGUCCUUUGAGGACUUUUUUUCCCCCUUUCUUUCUAGCUUUCUUGAUUUAGUUGCUUUCGAGUGCUUCAAUAAGGAUGGACUGCAAAUGAGUGAGUGAGUGUUUAAUGUGAAUUACCCAGAAUUCUGUGUUGGUUUUCUUACGUCCUGUUACACGUGGCGAUGGUACUGCUUUUUGAAGCCCAGCAACAUUCUCCUGAAGUUUUUUUUUUCCCCCACCACAUCCACAUUUUCUGGAGUCGGCUUUUUAUUGCCGUUUUCGACCAUGGGACGUAUCGGCUUUAAAGAGACGAGGCUACCUUUUUAUAACGGCAAGUAUUUGAAAGUAUGAUAUCAUUAUAACAACAAUGAUUAUAGCUCAACCGCUCGAUGUAUGACUUUGUUUUCAAGCCUUUCUAUGUGAGUGUGCUCUGCCUUUGCCUCGUUACGGUUGAUUUGGGGGGAAACGAUCCUCCCCUCUGGUGUUCAAAGCCAUUUGAGUAUUUAUUCAAGAUCCAACUUAAGUAACCUCCACUACUCGUGCCACAUUUGGCCUGAUAUGGAAAGCAUUUAUUGGAUAGCCUAGAAGCCCAUGUUCUAGUACGCUCUUUCACCCUCUUGUCCUAUGAAUGAAAAAAAAAGGCAUAGCUAGUGCUAAUUACUAAUAAAUACCAUCAUAAAAAAGUAUAUAUUAAUUAAUAAUACAUUUGAUUUACAUUUAUUCAUUAUAAAUAGAUUUCUUUAAAUAAAUCAAUUUUACAGUAGAAAAGCACGGACCUUAAGCUUUCCAGGUGUUGGCUCAUUUCUUCGAUAAGAAUAUCCGUCUAAAGGUCAUAUACCACUAGUGGGGCGGGUGGGCAUUAGAAGUAAGACACGCUUAUCGAUCAUUCUAUUAGUGUGCUGAAUUUUCCUGCUCGGAGGUUGAAGCGCAUACCAAUAGAUCUGCAUAGCCGGGAUAUGGAAUAAAUACUCAAAACGGCUUUUUCAGAAUUGGGCCCCUUGCUGAGGUGCUACAACUCAUCCUGCCGUUAGGGGGCAGGCCUGUGCAUGUUUAAAACAUGUUGAAAACGGUAAUACAGUAGAGUCAUGCCAAACUCGUGUGAGUGUGUGCGCGCCUAUUUGUAGAGACUCAUUCGAUGUUACAUUUGAUGUGCUGAUAAUUUAUGAUGUGUACUCUUGAGGUGUGUGUAUGUUUUCCAAAAGUGUGCGGGAAUUAUCCCAAGGCCACUCAUUUAAUUCCCUCUCAAACUGUGUGGUGCAAUACCUCAAAAUUUUACCAAUGCUAAUUAUAAAAGCUGUGUGUGUGUGUGUGUGUGUGUGUGUGAGAGUGAGAGAAAGAACACAACUGAGAAUGGGAUUUUGUAUAAAUAGACGCCGAGAACUAGUCCCCCACACCUGUUAGAUAUCAGAGCUUUCAUCAUAGCAUUAUAGGGACAAUCUUUAAAAUAAAAACAACAAACAUACACGCACACAGCAGAUGUGUCAUUUUAUUUAUUGAAUUGUAAAUAUGUAAUGCAUUUUAAAAAACGGCUGGUCUUUGUCUGUUGGAUAUACUGUUUCUAAAGCUCCAAUCUUUUGUAUGUCUCAGAAAUUGUUUUUAUAUGUAUUUUUUACAAUAAAUAUAUGUGUGGAGAAGA